CGAGAUCGCGCCAUUGCACUUCAGCCUGGGCAACAGAGCAAGACUCUGUCUCAAAACAAUAACAAAACAACAAAAAACAAACGAAAUAAGGCAGAUGUGGCUCAUCUGGCCAGGACUUCCUAAAGGCAAUCUUUCCAGCCACUGCCUCCUCGUGCGGUCCCCACAGUGAGGGCGACAAGGCCUGGGCUGGGCACAUUGCUGGCAGGGGCCUACCAUCAAAUGUCAAUGCCUCCUGCCCCCACAAGUUCUCCCCACCUUGGACAUCAAGUAUCCAAGGUGGAGGGACCCAGUGUCCUCAUGAUGCACAUAAGACCCAGCAUCACGUCUGUGAGAGGGAACAGGACUUGUCUCAGGUCACUCAGUUCUCCUGAUUAUCCGCCCAGCGCCUCGCCUGGCUUUGGCUGAGACAAAGUUUAGUGUGUGCUAAGCCUUGGCUCCCUCCUCCCCCAAACCCACACCCAGCCCCCUGGGCUCCCUCCCAAUAGCUCCUUCAGGCCAUUUUCCCCCAGAUCCAGAGAUGCUGGCCACUCUGCCCAGAAGGCCACGUCCCCAGUUUCCCUUCCAAACAAGAUCCCACCCUCCCCAGAGCUCCUGGAGAUUGCCGGUCAGAGGCUCUGGCAGGGGAAGCCCUGAUUGCUGCUGCUCCUCUCUUGGUCCCUCCCAGCCUCCUUAGAAAUUAGGGGGUCAUUACCAUCAGGGUGUGAGAUCUAGGCACAGCCCACCAGUCAUCGACACCCCAAUUUCCAGUCUGCCUUCGGCCUCAAAGUCCAUCUUGUCGGGGUCAAAUCAAAGCCAGGAAGAAAACAAAUAAUUCUGGGCCCAGCCCAAGCUGGUGUGGCAGGAAGGCACCCAGUCUACCUCUCUCCCUCACCCCAGGGAGAAACCCGUGCCAAUCCUACAUGUGGGAUUUCUGACACUACUCCUGGGAGCUGCCUGCCAAGUGUGGUGUUGGGGAGAGAGGAUGUGAGGAGGUGGGGAAGCUGAUUUUUUUGUGUUUUUGAGACAGAGUUUUGCUCUUGUUGCCCAGGCUGGAGUGCAGUGGUGCGAUCUUGGCUCACCACAACCUCCACCUCCCAGGUUCAAGUGACUCUCCUGCUUCAGCCUCCCAAGUAGCUGGGAUGACAGGCAUGCACCACCACGCCCGACUAGUUUUGUAUUUUUAGUAGAGAUGGGGUUUCUCCAUGUUGGCCAGGCUGGUCUCAAACUCCCGACCUCAGGUGAUCCACCCUCCUCGGCCUCCCAAAGUGCUGGGAUUACAGGCGUGAGCCACUGUGCCCGGCUGAUUUUUUUUUUGUAUUUUUUGAGAUAAUCUCACUCUGUUGCCCAGGCUGGAGUGCAGUGAUGUGAUCUCGGCUCACUGCAACCUCUGCCUCCCAGGUUCAAGCAAUUCUCUGCUUCAGGUUCCCGAGUAGUUGGGAUUACAGACACCUGCGACCAUGCCCAGCUAAUUUUUUGUAUUUUUAGUAGAGACAGAGUUUCACCAUGUUGGCCAAGCUGGUCUUGAACUCCUGACCUCAUGAUCCACCCACCUUGGCCUCCCAAAGUGCUGGGAUUACAGGCCUGAGCCACCACGCCUGGCCAGGGGAGCUGAUUUUUGAAGAUGGGGACAGGACAGCCCAUUCAGCCACCCACCCAUCAAUCCAAUUACCCACCCACACAUAAUCAUAGCUGAUGUUUACUCAGUGCUGACUCUGUGCCAGGCACUGUCCUAAGUUCUUUGCCCAACUCUAUUAGCUAAGGACUUUACCCAUUUUACAGAUGAGAAAACAGAAGCAGAGAGAGGUCGAUUAAUUUGCCCAAAGUUACACACUAGUAAAAUGGUAGAGCCAGGAUUCAAGCUCAGGCAGUCUAACUCCCGGGCCUGCAAUCCUCUAUACCACAACCAUCACUUUCUGUCCAUUUACUGACCAUCCAUCCACUCACCCAUGGUCACUCCCAUUCAGCCAUCUGUCUAUCCACCUGUUCAUGCAUCCUUCAUCUCCUAACCCCCUGUUCAAAGCAGUCCAUGAGAAGGAAUGGCAUAUGCAAAGGCUCGGCAGUGAGAGAGUGGGGCACAUCUAAGAAACUAGCUACUGCAUAGAGAGUGAGGGAAAGAUAGCAAGAGAUGAGGUGCCAGGGGCGGUGGCGCAUGCCUGUAGUCCAGCUACUUGGGAGGCUGAGGUGGGAGGAUCGCUUGAGCCCAGGAGUUCUGGAUUGUAGUGUGCUGUGCUGAUCAGGUGUCCUCACUAAGUUCAGCAUCAAUAUGGUGACCUCCCGGGAGCGGGGGACCACCAGGUUGCCUAAGGAGGGGUGAACCGUCCCAGGUGGGAAACGGAGCAGGUCAAAACUCCCUUGCUGAUCAGUAGUGGGAUUGCGCCUGUGAAUAGCCACUGCACUCCAGCCAGGGCAACAUAGCAAGACCGCAUCUCCUAAAAAGAAAAGGGGGAUGAGGCUAGGGAGAUAAGCAGGGCUCAAAUCACAAGGGUUGGCCCAUCUGCCAUCUAUCUGCCAACCCAGUCCAUCCACUUGUCUAUCCACCCUCCCACUCCUCUGUCUACCCAACAAUUCAUUCAUCCACUCAUCUCUGUAGUUUGGAAGGCAGGUAGAUGUUAGAUGAUUGAUAGAUAGAUGAUAGAUAGAUAGAUAGAUAGAUAGAUAGAUAGAUAGAUAGAUAGAAUGAGGAGCUGCCAGGGUACUUUGCCUUCCUGACAGUGAUGUUGGGGCAUGGAGGGAUAUUACGUCUUCUGGAGGUAUCUGGAUAAUUAGGAUGAUCUCUCUCCAUUCACGCCCUGCCCAUAGUUUUAGGGUUCUAUGGGUUUGUGGGAAGAGAGAAUAGCAUAGUGGUUCAGUGUCAAGGUUAAAAGACACUUCCAAGGCCAGGAGUGGUGGCUCACGCCUGUAAUUCAAGCACUUUGGAGGCCAAGGCGGGUGGAUCACCUGAGGUCGGGAGUUCAAGACCAGCCUGACCAACAUGGUGAAACCCCAUCUUAAAAAAAAAAAAAGACACUUCCAGGUCCUGAAAUGUCAUUCUCCAGCCAUGGUCUCAUGCCUCCUUAGGAAGACAGAAGGAAUUGUGUUAUAAAGAAGUGUCACAAUGCUCCCUGCCCCAUACACAUUCUCCCCACCUUGGCCCUCUCAAUAUCCUGCCAAAAGUCCCCCUUGACCACCAGAAGUUCCAUCUGACCAUCAAGAAAGGCCCUGAUCCAGGAUGUGCAAGGACUCACAGCAACCCUCUGUACCCAGACAUGGGCCGAAGACACUGUCAUGCAAAAGGGUGAAGGCUCCACACCCGCCCCUGUCCCGGGCAUGGACGCAGGACCGCGAGCAGUCUCUGGCAGCAGCCUAUGUGCCGGUGGUGGUGGACUCUCAGGGGCAGAGCCCAGACAAGCUCAGGUUCAAUUUCUACACCUCCCAGUACUCCAACUCCCUGAACCCCUUCUACACCUUGCAGAAGCCGACCUGUGGCUACCUGUACCGCCGGGACACUGACCACAGCCGCAAGCGCUUUGAUGUGCCUCCUGCCAAUUUGGUCUUGUGGCGCUCCUAGGCCUGAGCCAACCAGAAGCCCCCCACCUGCACCCUCACCCCUGUGACCUCAGGUCCCCGAGGGGAAGGAUUGCUCACUGCAGGAGGAGCAAUUUGUAUUCGGGCUACGGCAGCUGUGCUCUGCCCACCUAUCAACAAUGAUAAAGGGAGGUCUGUCUUCUCAGCAGAAGUUAAAGUUUGUCCUUUCUUUCCCUGGAUCUGAAUGGGUGGCUGUGGGUUGGUAAAUUGAGGCCAUGGGGAUGUUGUAGAGUAAGGUUAUGUUCAGAGUCUCUAAAGACUUGGAAGGACUUGAUUCUCAGCUCCCUAACCCCAAAAGUAAACUCAGCCCUGCUCCAGUGCUUGAGUCCCAAGCAAAGCCAAUCCUGGCUCCAGCCUCCCCAUGGGCCAAGCUUGGACCCCGCCAAAAAUAAAGAGGAGAGGCUGGGCGUGGUGGCUCAUGCCUGUACUUUGGGAGGCCGAGGUGGGCGGAUCACCUGAGGUCAGGAGUUCAAGACCAGCCUGGCCAACAUGGUGAAACCCUGUCUCUAUAAAAAUACAAAAAUUAUCUGGGCACGAUGGUGGGUGCCUGUAAUCCCAGCUACUUGUGAGGCUGAGGAAUGAGAAUCGCUUGAAACCAGGAGGUGGAGGUUGCAGUAAACCAAGAUGAUGCCAUUGCACUCCAGCCUGGGUGACAGAGUGAGACUCCGUCAAAAAAAGAAAAGAAAAGAAUAAAAGGAAGUGAUUCAUC